AUGUCGAACGUAUGGUCGAGCUUGGUAUUUUCAACCCCCAAAUACCUAGCAGACGAAGAUUUCAAGCCGAUUCAUCCCUGGUAUGGAAGUGCCAGCCUGAGAGCCCUCAGUGACAUGUACACAAGUAAUCUGGAGCGCUCGAAGCAAUCGCUCCUGAACGUGCAGAUGCAUAUUCCAGAGUUCCAGGAUUCUCGAAUGAUGAUAAACGAAUACAUGCAUGUGUGCACUAACCGUGUCGCGGUUCUCACUCUCGAAGCGAGCACUUCAAACGCGGAGGGCAUGAACGCGAUCGUCCAGUGCGUCACUCAAACCAGAGAAACCUUGCGUCGCCUCCGGAUUGAUAUUUAUCAAACGACAACGGACGAGCUCGGACGUGAUACGAUGGAGUUACUACUUUUAUGCAGCCUCCCGCGACUAGUAGAGGUUGAACUAGAAAACAUGCCCCUCCCAUUGGUCCACCGUCCUGAAUAUACUGCCUUCCUCCAAUGUCGCCGUCUUCAUCUAGAACUCAACCCGCAGAUGCAGUACACUCCAUCACGCCUGAUUGCACUGCUCAAGUGUGCUCCCCAGCUCCAAAGACUACAUCUCGUGGUAUAUCCUCAGCAUCAAGACCAGGCUGGGGCUGAGCCUGGAUUUCACUUGCCACGCAUGCCGCUCCCAGAAUUGCGCAGCCUCACAUUCAAAUCAACAUGCGUUGGGCGUCACGGUCACACACUCGGAAGACUUACGGCUCCCAAGAUCGAGAGUCUUUCUUUAUCUGUUUUCUCCCCCUUUGAUGCUCAUGACGAACAAGACGCUUACGUUGACGACCUCGUUGAGUUUAUCACUGCCUCGUCUGGCCCAGACGGUGCGCCUUCCCCCCUAAAGACGCUCUCGGUCCAAGGUGGAAUACUGAGAGGUUUCGACCGAAUACUCCGAGUCACACCCGGUCUGGAGGUUUUGACACUCGUCUCUGCUGGUCACUGGAGCCCCUUUGAGGAGGAAGAAUGCGUCGCACCUCUGCGCAGGCUGGGGAUGCCAUGUCUUCAACCCUUACGGGGAAACAUCACAUCUGUGGUCGGGGUAUCAUCCCUAGUCCUUUGUCCCAAACUACAAACGAUAGAGUCUCUCUGGUGGGCGACGCCAAGUCAUAUCCGAUUGCUGACAACCAUUGCGUCUCGUCGUCGGUCCUCUGGGAUCCCUCUUACUCGAAUACGUAUGGGCAAUUGGCCACCACCUGCAGCGAUCGACAUGCCCGCCACACCUUCAGAGCAAUACGCGCUUGAGAAAGAGCUUGCUAGAGAGGUUGAAGUGCUAGAGUGCGGAGGAUACAGGUGGGAUUGGAAGGAGGAAGGACGGUGGAUCAAACUGCCGAAUGUCGGAGACCCACAAUUCCCAACUGUUUUUGCGAGUUGA